AUGAAGUGGUCACUCCUCGCCGUGGUGAUCACACACACGAUCUUCUCCACCGGAGUACACUCUCAUAUCCUCCGUGGAUCUCCGGUCAAUUCUCUCUGCGAUGAGCUUAUUCAUCCCGCUGGUUACUCCUGUACCGAACACACUAUUCAAACGAAAGAUGGGUACAUACUAGCUCUUCAACGAGUGGCUUCUCGUAAUCAAAAUCUAAGACUUCAAUUUGGUCCUCCUGUUUUGCUUCAGCACGGUCUAUUUAUGGCUGGAGAUGUGUGGUUCUUGAAUUCACCUGAAGAGUCAUUAGGCUUCAUUCUUGCUGAUCAUGGAUUCGAUGUUUGGGUAGGGAAUGUUCGUGGUACACGCUAUAGUUAUGGCCAUGUAACUUUUUCUCAGACUGAUAAGGAAUUUUGGGACUGGAGUUGGCAAGAUUUGGCCAUGUAUGACCUGGCAGAAAUGAUUCAGUAUUUGCAUUCAAUUGCAAACUCCAAAAUUUUCCUUGUUGGACAUUCUCAGGGGACUAUCAUGUCUUUUGCUGCUCUUACUCAGCCACAUGUUGCGGAAAUGGUUGAAGCAGCUGCGUUGCUUUGUCCAAUAUCAUAUUUGGAUCAUGUCACCGCUCCACUUGUAGAAAGAAUGGUUUUUAUGCAUCUCGAUCAGAUGGUUGUUGCUCUUGGACUUCAUCAAAUAAACUUUAGAAGUGACAUGUUAGUUAAACUUGUUGACUCAUUAUGCGAGGGGCAUAUGGAUUGCACUGACUUCCUCACCUCCAUUACAGGGAAGAAUUCUUUUUUUAAUGCCUCGAGGUUAGAAUACUAUCUUGAAUACGAGCCUCAUCCAUCAUCUGUGAAGAAUGUGCGCCAUCUUUUCCAAAUGAUUCGGAAGGGGACCUUUGCACAAUAUGACUACGGGUUGCUGAAAAACCUAUUGAUUUAUGGGUUGUCGAAACCUCCGGAAUUCAAACUCAGCCUCAUCCCGGCAUCGUUACCAAUGUGGAUGGGUUAUGGUGGAAAUGAUCUUUUAGCAGACGUCACAGAUGUGGAACAUACUCUCGCGAAACUACCAUCCAAACCAGAGUUGUUAUAUCUUGAGAAUUAUGGUCACAUUGACUUUGUACUUAGCACUAGUGCCAAAGAAGAUGUCUAUAAGCACAUGAUUCAAUUUUUCAGGGCAAAGAGAAGGUCCAGUAAUUUGUAA